CUGAUUACCAUGCGGAGAGGGAAGAAUGAGGAGGGGGAGGAAGAGGAGGUGGAGGAGGAGGAGGAGGCUGGAGCGAUGAGGAUUUCGAGGUUAUGUGCAGAGAGCGAAGCGUCUGAGCCCGUCUCUGGAUCUCUGCUCCCCCGACGACUUUUCGGAUUCUGCUCCACUGUGGGAUUUAGUUUUACAAACUUAAGGAAAAGAAAAAGGAAGAAGAGGAGUGGACGGUGAAGGAGGACAAGGCCAUGGCCUCCUGGUUCAGCUGGAAUGAGCCUUACUACCGGAGCCCCCGACGGGACCCUGCAGACGUGGUCACCAACACCCUGAUGCUGGAGUUCAGCUGGCAGCUGAAGGAGGCCGAGAGGCAGCAGAGGGAGAGGGAGAGCGAGUACCGGCGCCUCAAGACCGGAGUGGACUACAGCUGGCUGGCCAGCAUGCCUCGCUCCUCCUACAGCAUCAGCACCGGCGAGAGGCUCAGCCUGGAGGACCUCUGCUCCAAGGUGCCGCCGUCCUGCUGCGGCCUGGUCAUACUCAAGUUCCGGGAGGUCAUGCAGGCCAACGAGCCCGAGGUGCAGGAGGUGCCGGGCCUGUUCCGUUCCGUCCUCCUCGAGGCUCUGGAGCACCUGAAGGAGGAGCAGGAGGCUCAGCGGCUCACCCGCCAGUGGAACAACAAGCGUGCCAUGAGCGUGUCCCUCAUAAACUUCAGGUCCAGGAUCAAGAUCAACCCCUUCGGCAGCACGGUGGGCCUGACCUCCGCUGCGGCCGAGGGCGCCGGGCUGAGCGACCUCAAAACGGUGUCCGAGGACGUGGAGCGAGGGACGGACAGGGAGCUGAGGGUGUGGAGCAUGCCCGACUUCAGAUACAAAGGAACCAGCAGCAGCAAGGUUGUUUGACGAUGGGGCCUCGUGGGGCACGAGACGCUUUGAGCUGGGACAGAUGCUGACCUCUGGACCUCUGCUGUUCAACGUCCAGUUUGCACCAGGCAACAGAGGAUGAGUCCCAUCCUCCUCCUGUGUUUUCGGUAUGAGACCACUCAGCACUUGAUCUACUGAAAGGACGAUGUCAGCUUCUGUACCUCACAAAACAGAUAUAUCAACAAUGGAAGGAGUUUCAAGGUUUCAGGAGAUUAUCACCUGUUUAGAUUUUGUAGAUUCUUGGUAUCUGAGCACGAAGAGAUAUUUACUGUAGCUUUACACUGAUGUUUAUCUAAUUUUAAGUAUUUCAUGUUGCAGGAGAAAAUGAUUGUGUUACGUCAGACUACACAAAAUGCCUGAGAGGAGAAUGAUCUUCGAUAGCAG